AUAUUAAAAACCCACAAAAUCCGUUUAACUAAAGCGAAACAAAAAGAGUGGUAACCAUAAUCGAACAUGGAAGCCACAAUGUAGUUGACAUCAUCCUAAAGGUCCAAACUCGUUAUUUAAUUCAUGAAAACAUAACUUAUAAAUAAUCACUCGCCAAAGUCAUUUCUCUUCACCACCCAAAUCCCAUUUCAUAGUCAUACCACAAGAUGGCGACCAGUUCAUCGACGAACAAAGUCAUUGUCUUCACACUUUCCCUUAUCUUGGUCGCCUUCCAAGUAGUCCAUGCAGACUAUUACCGUCCAAGGCCACCGGUUACCCCUACCCCCUACGUCCCUAAGCCAUGGAUCCCACUUCCGAGCCCUAAGCCUGUUUAUCGGCCUCCUACUAUCCCGCGUCUACCAGCUGGCUCGAUCGCAAGACAGUUCCUUGACCCACAUAACGCUCUACGGUCUAGACUGGGUUUGCCUCCACUGGUUUGGGACAGCAAGUUAGCGAACUACGCGAAAUGGUGGGCGAACCAAAGGCGUUACGACUGCUCGUUGACCCAUUCCACAGGCCCAUACGGUGAGAAUCUGUUCUGGGGAAGUGGCUCGAGCUGGGCACCAGGAUUCGCGGUGCAAUCAUGGGUGGUUGAAGGCAGCACAUACAACUACAACACCAACUCGUGUGACGGAAGUGGAAUGUGUGGUCACUACACUCAGAUGGUGUGGCGUGACACCAAAAGGCUCGGGUGCGCUAGUCUGGUCUGUGACAACGGUGCAGGAGUUUUCAUCACUUGUAACUACGAUCCUCCGGGUAACUACGUUGGCGAGAAGCCUUACUAAGAAAAGAAAACAUUUUAAACGGUGUGUCUUUUUUUAAUACUUGAUUGCAUUUAAUUUCUUUAUAUUUCUGUUUCAAAUUUCUCUGUGAAAUUAAAAUUUCCGAGACAUUUAAUAUGUAUGGAUCAUCGUUUUGUUUUUAUUAACGUUUCUGAUGUCCUAAUGGCCAUCCUCAAAUUCUUGUUGACUGGCCUUAUUAUGUAAACAUCGUAAAAAAAUGAGUGAGUUUUUCUGGGAGUAACAUAAGGAAAAUUAACCCGAAGUUAUUCGUUGAUCUCUAGCAAAUUAACUUGCUUUGAUGACUAGUUGCUUCCUCUCCACGUCAUCUAUCGAGCUUAUACAUCACUCAUACUUCAGAAUACCAAGAAUCUUAUGCUCUCAGUGUUUAGGCCCAUCUUAAAGUUUCACGUGCAAAGGAAAGGAAACAAAGAGCCAAUAAUAAAUGCUCGUGGUCACACAAUACUGAAAGAUGCGUGAGAACUGAGAAGAACUUGUUUGAAGAGUUCGGUAAGCAGCCCAAAACAGAGAAAACAGAGCAUACCUCGUGUGCGCACGAGGGAAAGUUCUAAUUGAUCAGAAUCCAUAUGUCGAAGUUUGAGUGGAGGAUUUAGAACUAUAAACUGCAUUGGAGAUCAAUACAUUUUUGUUAUUUCGAAAAAAUAUUUAUUUGCCUGCUUCAUUUAUAUUUUUGAUCGAUUUUGUUAUUUAACAAUUUGCUUAGAAAAAAAUCUAUUAUUUUACACCCUUAUGAGAUCAAUUUGCUUAUGAGAUCACCACACGACAUGAAUUACUCUUUGAAUCCAUUCUCUUCAUGUCAC